CCCUCUAGACCUCAACUGCUGGCCCUUUAACAGAGAGUUAAUCAGCUCUAACUCGAAGUUAGAGAGAUGUUGAAUAACUAACUUCUCAUAAUAACAAAUAAUUGCCUUGCGACUCACGUGAAGGCUUCAAGAACAAAAGAUCAAGAUCUCACUCUCUAUAUAAAAUCUCCAUCUCUCUUUCUGUGAUUCUUUCGCUGUCAUCACUUCUCGCUUCACCUCUCUCGUCUCUUUGACCCUUAGUCACCGUUCCCGCCGCAAGAAAACCGAGACACACACCGUCGUCUUUCUCAAUGGAAAUCGAACAAAGCCUAGCAUCUCCCGCCUCCGCACAACAACAAACCGUAGCAUCUCCCACCGCCGCCGCACAACAACAACAACCACAAACCCUAACCGGAAGAUUCUUCAGAUGCCUCUUCGCAGAUAUUUUCUACUCGCAACUCAUCCUAAUCUCAGCCCUAGUCAUCUUACUCACCCUCAGAGGCCUACUCUUCACAAAAUCACCUAACUUCCACCCCAAGAAAUGGUACACCCCUCUCCUUUCCUCCGUCGCUCUCUCCGGACUCCUCUCUUUAUCCUGGCAAUGCCUCUUCCUCUGGAACAUAGCAGCAACAGCCAAAGCCACGAUCAUUCUCGCACCUCUACUCACAUUCUCCGUCGGGAUCUUCCUUGUAAUCUACGGCAAAACGUUUGUUCCGGGGAUCGGCGGGCCACUUAUCCUCUUUAGCUUCGCUCAGGCAAUCCAUUCCUGGCUCUUCGUUACUCGUAGGAGGCGCGAGUUCACCUUCACGAUAACGGCACUCUCCACAUCCGUUCUACCUCCAAGAACCAGAGUCAUAGCUGUCGUUUCAUCGAUCUUAAGCGUCCUUUACUCUUCCUUCUUGGCGGCGGGAAUCGGUGGAGCUACCGCUACAAGAAAAGGUCUAGUAGACAUUCUUUUCAUCUCUUUGAUAAUGAUAAGCCUUGCCUGGACGAUGCAAGUUCUCAAGAACGUACAAGUAGUCGCCGUCUCGAAAGCUGCGUACGCACACUUUGCUAACUAUGACGUCAUAAACGCAUGUGAUGCUCUUUGUACGACACUGAGAAGCCAGCUCGGGAGCGUUUGUAUUGGCUCAACGCUCGUUCCGGUUUUUGUAGUCAUCAGGGGAAUGAUCCGAACUAUUAAUAGGGGAGGCAACAGCAGCGACUGGACCAUGUAUGCAAGUCAUGGGGACUGCGCUUGGGUUGCUAAUCAUAUGGUCUUAGUCGGAAACAGAUACGGGUUUGUUCAUGUGGGAGUUCACAACAAAGGCUUUGUGCAAGCGUCGAGAGAUGCGUGGCAAGAGUUUAGGAGAACGGUUGGGUUGGAGGAGCUCGUAGAUGCUGACCUCACUAGUUCCAUCUGCUUCCUCAGCGCCUUUGGCAUUGGGGCGAUCUCUGCGUUGACUGCUGGUAUAUGGGAGUUUAAUAUUCAUAAGGACUACUUCUUUCAGCUGACUCUCUAUGCCUUCGUCAUCGGAUACUUUGUGGGGAGAGUUUCAUCUGCUUGGCUGCAAGCAUGUGUUAUGGCUUACUUUGUAGCUUAUGCUGCCAAUCCAGAAGGAGUUAACUUUGACAACACGAUUUCAGAACGUAUUGCGCGGCAAAAUGUAGAAGAGAAUAAAAGAUUAGCUGAUAAUGAAAUGAGACAGCCGGAGGAGGAACAGGAGAUAACAUACAUGUAGAGAUGCGGAAGAAUAUAUCAACUUAGUAUAGAAACAUACUUUUUUUUGUUUUUCUUUUUCGAUUUCAUUGAGGCUCUUUCAACCUUAUAGACUUUGUAGAUUGGAUAUUGUUUAGCCUCACAUGCAAAAGAUGCUAUAGAAGGAAUUUACGUACAAAAAGUAAGACAAAGAUGGAUUCAGUUUUCAUCAUUUUCCUAUUUUAAUUUCUUUUUUUUCGGUUUCCAUUGUCUUUAUCUCUGUCUGUAUCUAAAUGCGUAACCUAUUACCUAUGUAUAAAUGUUGCGUGAUAAAUAACACGUUAAAAAACCUUUAGUUAUGCAUAAUCAUAUCCAACCAAGCGAAUAGUACACUUUCUCUAGUCAAUAAAGCAUAGUAAUCAUCAUCAUCACGACAAAAAAACAUGUGAACAAGUACAUUUUACCAUUUCGAAAACGUUUACGUUCUGAUAUGCAGUUCCAUGAUUUUGGAGGUGUGAAACUAAAUUAUAUAAAUGCUAAUACUCUAAUACUCAUACUUUACUAAUGGUACAACUCGAAAUCAUCAUCAAAAGUGUCCUGAGAAUCUGAGAUUUCAAAGUGCUUGGCCCGCUUUUAUUCAAGGCCAGUCGUAUCAAGUUUACACUCUUCAUUUUGUAAUUUCUUCUUGUAUUCAGUAACUAAUAAGCCCAACAUCUUUUCGCUUCUGGCCCAUAGCUUGUGAGGUCCGGCUUUGCAUUCAAAGUUGAUCUCUCCAUGUAAGAUUUCAUUAUCUACAAUAUCCCCUGUAUAUUAAUCUUGGAGCAACGUGUUUUCAUAGCCACGUGUCAUCACGAAAAUAAUUUUUAGAAUUGUUAAAAAAUAAGUUGGUCCAUAU